GGCUUAAAUUCCCGGGUCUCGAAUCUUUUCAUUCAGGCUCCUCUAUUCCCCUUCCCUGAACAUGACCAAAUUUUUCCUCUUUUGUCUCUUCCUUCUUCCCUCCCUGUCUCCACCCCUUCCCUUUCCUCCCCUUUUCCUUUCCCGUCUCCUAAAUCGCUCGCCCCUUCGCGUUCGCAGAUUCGGGGCCAAUUUAGAACUACUUUUCCCAGCUUGCCCUGCGCAGGGAGGAGCCGAGGGGGAGGAGCAAAGUUCCCAGUUCCCGGAGUCAUCAGGGCUGCCGGGAAAUGGUGUCCGUUUCCUCUCUGUACUGCGUGACUGGGGGUGUGAAGGAGUCACGUAAACAAACUACAAUUCCCGGCGGUCCUCGCGCGCAACAGGUCAGGGCUAGGCUGGGGCCGGGUUCGCGGUGCUCGCUGAGGCGGCGGCGGCGGCUACGGCUGGAAGAGCCGGCCCGGAGCCCGCGGCGGAGGCCGUGGCUUGUGCUGGGAGGGUGGCGGGGAGGGACGGGGGAGGAAGAUGGCGACGUCGGGGGCGAACGGGCCCGGCUCGACCACGGCCUCAGCUUCCAAUCCGCGCAAGUUUAGUGAGAAGAUCGCGCUGCAGAAGCAGCGUCAGGCCGAGGAGACGGCGGCCUUCGAGGAGGUGAUGAUGGACAUCGGCUCCACUCGGUUACAGGCCCAAAAACUGCGACUGGCAUACACAAGAAGCUCCCAUUAUGGUGGUUCUCUGCCCAAUGUUAAUCAGAUUGGCUGUGGCCUGGCUGAGUUCCAGAGCCCCCUCCACUCACCUUUGGAUUCAUCUCGGAGCACUCGGCACCACGGGCUGGUGGAACGGGUGCAGCGAGAUCCUCGAAGAAUGGUGUCCCCACUCCGCCGCUACCCCCGCCAUAUUGACAGCUCUCCGUACAGUCCUGCCUACUUAUCUCCUCCCCCGGAGUCCAGCUGGCGGAGGACAAUGCCCUGGGGCAAUUUCACUGCAGAGAAGGGGCAAUUGUUUCGACUACCAUCUGCACUUAACAGGACAAGCUCUGACUCUGCCCUUCACACAAGUGUGAUGAACCCCAGCCCUCAGGACACUUAUCCAAGCCCUGCACCUCCCAGCGUCCUUCCCAGCCGCCGUGGAGGUUUUCUGGAUGGCGAAAUGGACUCCAAAGUCCCUGCUAUUGAGGAGAACUUGCUAGAUGACAAGCAUUUGCUGAAGCCGUGGGAUGCCAAGAAGUUGUCCUCAUCCUCCUCCCGACCUCGGUCCUGUGAAGUCCCUGGAAUUAACAUCUUUCCAUCUCCUGACCAGCCUGCCAAUGUGCCUGUCCUCCCACCUGCCAUGAACACGGGAGGCUCCCUACCUGACCUCACCAACCUGCACUUUCCCCCACCGCUGCCCACUCCCCUGGACCCAGAGGAGACAGCCUACCCCAGCCUGAGUGGGGGCAACAGUACCUCCAAUUUGACUCACACCAUGACCCACCUGGGCAUCAGCGGGGGCCUGGGCCUGGGCCCAGGCUAUGAUGCGCCAGGACUUCACUCACCUCUCAGCCAUCCAUCCUUGCAGUCUUCCCUAAGCAAUCCCAACCUCCAGGCUUCCCUGAGCAGUCCUCAGCCCCAGCUCCAGGGCUCCCACAGUCACCCCUCACUGCCCGCCUCCUCCUUGGCCCGUCACGCACUGCCCACCACCUCCCUAGGUCACCCCUCACUCAGUGCCCCGGCCCUCUCCUCCACCUCUUCCUCCUCCUCUGCUUCAUCUCCUGUGCUGGGUGCCCCCCCUUACCCAGCUUCUACCCCUGGGGCCUCCCCCCGCCACCGCCGUGUGCCCCUCAGCCCCCUGAGUUUGCCGGCGGGCCCAGCCGACGCCAGAAGGUCCCAACAGCAGCUGCCCAAACAGUUUUCGCCAACAAUGUCACCCACCUUGUCUUCCAUCACUCAGGGCGUCCCCCUGGACACCAGUAAACUGCCCACUGACCAGCGGCUGCCUCCAUAUCCAUACAGCCCCCCAAGUUUGGUUCUGCCCACCCAGCCUCCCACCCCAAAGCCUCUACAGCAGCCAGGGCUGCCCUCUCAGGCCUGCUCAGUGCAGCCCUCAGGUGGGCAGCCCCCAGGCCGGCAGCCGCACUAUGGGACACUGUACCCACCCAGCUCCAGUGGGCACGGGCAACAGUCUUACCACCGGCCGAUGAGUGACUUCAGCCUGGGGAAUCUGGAGCACUUCAGCAUGGAGAACCCAUCAACUAGCCUGGGGCUGGAUCCUCCUGGCUUUUCCGAAGGGCCUGGAUUUUUAGGGGGUGAGGGGCCAGUGAGUGGCACCCAGGACCCCCAUGUCCCCCAUGCCCUCAACCACCAGAACUUGACCCACUGUUCCCGCCAUGGCUCAGGGCCUAACAUCAUCCUCACAGGAGACUCCUCCCCAGGUUUCUCUAAGGAGAUUGCAGCGGCCCUGGCCGGAGUGCCUGGCUUUGAGGUGUCAGCAGCUGGGUUGGAGCUGGGGCUGGGGCUGGAGGAGGAGCUGCGCAUGGAGCCACUUGGCCUGGAAGGGCUCAACAUGCUGAGUGACCCCUGUGCCCUGCUGCCAGAUCCGGCUGUGGAGGAUUCCUUCCGCAGUGACCGGCUCCAGUGAGGGGACCUCAUCACCAUCCCUUUUCUUGGCCCUGUCCCCCGUCACUGUCCCUUUCCUCCCUUCCCCCUGGCCAGUAGAGACUCCACUCUCUGCCCCCAGAUCCUCUUUCUAACAUGAACAAGGGAUCCUAAGAAUGAGAAAAAGCAAGGGGUUUGUCCGGGUGGCCCCUGAAGUCUGCACGAGGGGUGGGCGUGGGGGAGUUCAAGGGAGGGCCUAAAGCACUUGUAACUUUGAACCGUCUGUCUGGAGGUCAGAGCCUGUUGGAAAGCAGGGGGUAGAGGGGAGCCCCAGAGGUAGGGCUUGUCCGGAUGCCUAGGGGUGGGCAGUGCCAGCCCCUCCUCACUACUCUUCCCCUUGCAAUGGAGGAGAGAGCCAGAGUGGAUAUUAUUUUUUAUUAAAUAU